UCCUGCAGUUUCUUUGAUUUUUGGUUAAGAUUUUCUCCAAAAAUGCCGCGUUUGGUGGAAUGUGUUCCGAAUUUCUCGGAAGGACAGCACAAAGAGGUGAUUGAAGCGAUAGCGAAUGCUAUCGUUGGUACCGAUGGAUGUACCCUUCUCGAUGUAGAUCCUGGCGUAUCCACCAACAGAACCGUCUACACCUUCGUAGGGUCACCCGAAACUGUGGUAGAGGGCGCUCUGAAUGCAGCCAGGGUCGCGUCACAGGUGAUCGACAUGACCAGGCAUCAUGGUGAACAUCCGCGUCUGGGAGCCCUGGACGUCUGUCCGUUCGUCCCUCUGCAGAACGUAACCAUGGAGGACUGCGUCGAAUGCGCCAAGGAGUUCGGCGAGCGCCUGGCGCAGGAUCUCGGCGUACCGGUGUUCCUGUACGGCGAGGCAGCCACGGAGGACCACCGUAAGACUCUGCCACAGAUCCGAGCGGGAGAAUACGAAGGCAUGCAGGAAAAGCUGAGCAAACCGGAAUGGAAGCCUGACUAUGGUGAGCCUGAAUUUGUACCAAGCUGGGGGGUAACUGUCACCGGAGCUAGGAAAUUCUUGAUUGCUUACAAUGUGAAUAUGUUAUCAACGAAGGAACAAGCACAUCGAGUCGCCCUGAACAUUAGGGAGCAAGGCCGGAGCAUUGAGGAGCCUGGUAAGCUGAAACAUGUGCAAGCCAUCGGUUGGUGGUUAGACGAGUCUAAUCUUGCCCAAGUCUCCACAAAUAUUCUCGAUCAUGAUGUCACACCUGUCCACAGGGUGUACGAAGAAUGCGUCAGGGAUGCUAAGGAAUUGAAUCUUGCCGUGGUUGGUUCUCAGAUUGUUGGCCUCCUCCCUCUGAAAGCCAUGCUCCAGGCAGCAGACUAUUACAUGGAGAAAGAGAAUCUAUUUAUACUUGAGGAAGAGCAAAAAAUUAAACUUGUAGUUAAUCGGCUCGGAUUAGACUCGCUCGCAGCAUUUAAUCCAAAAGAUAGGAUUAUUGAAUACAUGGUAAUGGAAGACAAGGAUGGCCCCUUGGCGAUGAUGGGGGUGAAGAACUUUGUCCUGACUGUUGGUUCACGAACCCCGUCUCCAGGUGGUGGGUCUGUAGCUGCCCUCAUAUCGUCCUUGGGUGCUGCCCUAGGUUCCAUGGUCGGACUCCUCUCGUAUGGAAACAAAAAAUACGAGUCUCUCGAUGCACAGAUGAGGCAACUGAUUCCUCCGUUCUAUACCGUGAUGAAAGAUCUGACACAGUUUAUUGAUGCUGAUGCGGCGGCCUAUGCCGACUACAUGAUGACACUUAAGCUUCCAAAAAACACGCCCGAUGACCAGGAAAACCGAGAGAUGGCUAUGCAACAAGGUUUGAAGAAUGCCGUUGCCAUCCCUAUGAAUGUUGCCAUGAUCACCAACUCCCUCUGGCCAAAACUUAAGGAACUAUCGGAGAUCUGUAACUUCAACUGCAAGUCUGAUCUUCAGGUUAGUGCCAAAAGUCUUGAGACGGGUGUGUACGGAGCACAUUGUAAUGUCCACACCAACUUAGAUAACAUCAAGGAUGACGAAUUCAAAGCCAAAGCUACCGAGGACAUUGAUCGCGAGUGGAAACUCGCACAGGACAGCUGUGCGGAAAUCCUUAAGAUUCUCAGCGAACGAACCAAGUAGAUGCUUCAGAGGCUUUACAACUCAAGGAAACGUGGUCACCUGUUUUCGUAAACAUUCCGUUAAACUACUCCAUAGUAGAUAUUUCAAGAACUACAGUAGGACCUCUCUAUUAAGGACACCCUCUGUACUGACAAGUGCUGUCCUUAAUAGAGAGGUGUCCUGAUUAGAGAGGUCAAAUUGAAUGUAAUUGUUAUGUACAUGUUUGAUGUCAUUCCAUCCAAGAUAUUUCUUUUCUUCCAAAAUGAGAUUGUAUGGCCAGUCCCAUCCAAUUUCACCUCUUUCUAUUAAGGACAGCACUAAGGACAGUCCGUCCCUGGGGUGUCCUAAUAGUGAGGUUCAACUGCAUGUAGUUUUAUAUAAAGAAGUAUGUGUUUCAUUGUUGUGGUGUUUUAUUGCUUUUUACACCAAGUGUUUCAGGAUUGUUAGAAAUGGGCUGUCCCUAGUUUCAGAAUUGACUCAGUAAUUGCUCUCUUGCACAGCUUUAUUGUGAUUUUGUGUCGUUGUUGUUUACACAAUGGAUGCUCCCUAGGCCUAGCACAGAUUAUUGUGGUUGUCUUAUUGUUAUAUGAAGGGUUAGUUCUAUAAUUAUACAGGGUUGAUCGAAAUCGUGUCACAAUUUUUUUUGGAAGUAUGCCCCUUAAUCAUGAAAAUCUUAUAAAUUGACCAUGAAAUUUUUGAACACACCCCAAAUGAUGAUGAGCACUGCAGUGCCCGCCCCUACAUUUUCAAACUCCUGGAACCGCCCCUGAGAGUAUUAGUAAGACUUAGGCUAUAAUGAGGUUAUGUGUGUGUUAUCAAAUUUACCAACUUUGAUGAAAUCUGGCGGAUUUUGGAUUGGACACUAAUGCAUACUUUUGGUGUCAUUUGUUGGCCUAUUAGAUAAAGGAUUAACUUCAAAGAAAGAUAUUGGUGAUUCAUUUUGGUCCACCCUGUAUAAUAUGAAGUUGUUUUGAUUCACUGAGAUUUUAAAAUCUGUUCCAUAAAUAUUUGACUUUGUAAAGUUGAGUGCACACCGCUGACUUUCGCUCUUAAAGGGGCAACUUGGAUGUAAGAUAUGUUGGCUUUUCAAACAGAAAUGAAUUCCAGCAGGACCGCGACUUCUCCAAACAGAUGAUGGCCAAAGACUACAAUAAAUGGUGCUCUACAAGGGAUGAUAAUUGUAGGUGUAUCAGAAAUUCCUGGGCCAUGUCCAAUAACACCUCACAAUACCAGCAGAAAGCAUUAUUACUGGCCAAAAUCGGUGCUAUACCCUGUGACCAGUAGCAGUGUAACCUCCUGGCCGCUUGAAUCCCACACCUAGGUAGCCCCUUCAAUUGUGUCAUCGGUGUGCAUCACACUCAAACUGAAAAGAGACAUUUUCUAACCUGUUGUAUAUGAAAGUUUAAAAAAUGCUUUUUUGCAGCGAUGUCUUUAUAGUUUUUAUGGACAAAUCAUACUAAUGUUGUUUUGAUUAAUCAUGUGCAAAGCAUAGCAUUGCACAUUUUAAUUUUUAGAUAAUUUAUUUUCAAAUUUUUUGAAACACAAUUGAUAGGAUGUUGGUGUUGUCUAGUAUUUAAUGCAUCUUUUUGUAGAAUUGUGAUGAAACAUUUAUGCAGCUUUCAAUACCUGUGUUGUACCACCCUAUGUCAGUUAUAUAUAUGUCCACCCCCUUUUCCACGUAUGGACUCUUCCAAAUAAUGCACAAGACAAGUCCAUAAUGGAAAGUGAGGGUGUCAAGGUUACACUCGUAUUCCUACACUCUGGACUUUGAAGUAAUUUUUCUCAAAAUAAACAGAUAUAUCUUGUUUUUCUAAGGAGCCUCAUGGCCUAGUGGUUUACACUGCUGGCUACCACGCAAUAGGGCCCGGGUUCGAUCCCGGGGAGAACCCAGAGCCUAGUGGUUUACACUGCUGGCCACCACGCAAUAGGGCCCAGGUUCGAUCCCGGGGAGAACCCAGAGCCUAGUGGUUUACACUGCUGGCCACCACGCAAUAGGGCCCAGGUUCGAUCCCUGGGAGAACCCAGAGCCUAGUGGUUUACACUACUGGCUACCACGCAAUAGAGCCCGGGUUCGAUCCCAGGGAGAACCCAGAGCCUAGUGGUUAACACUGCUGGCUACCACGCAAUAGGGCCCGGGUUCUAUCCCGGGGAGAACCCAGAGCCUAGUGGUUAACACUGCUGGCUACCACGCAAUAGGGCCCUGGUUCGAUCCCGGGGAGAACCCAGGAUCGUAUCUCUGGAUGAACCGGCGUGGCUUUCAAGGAACUAAAAUUCCUGGCUCUUCACAGUCCUUCGAAUGAGACUCAAAACCGAGGUUCCUUGUACCUGGUGUCUAUGCCAGGGCAAGCUAAGACCCCACCAAGUGAGAAACAUGAGUAGCUUGCGUGGACUCUAUCUCUCUCGCCAAAGUCGGACCACUAGGCCAAUAAACCCAAUUGGCGCCUAACCGUAGUUGCUCGCAGGAUACGCUCAUCCCGCCUUGGAGGAGGAUUACUCCUAGGAGAAUGACCCCUCCAAGUGCAGAGCGAAGAAGUACUUCGUAUAUAUGUUAUCAACAUCCCUGUUUGUUGUCAAUAUUGAUUGAAUGUCGUUUUUCAUUCCAACCUGCAAACUCCCUAAACCCACUCUAUGCAAUAAAGGUGACUUUAAGACCAAUCUAUUUGCAAUCAGCAGAAAAGAAAACUAAUUUUGAUACACAUCUAUUUUGCAAUUUUAACAAAUAGCAUUCCGCGAAGAUGACGUCACUGCAGCUGCUGCCCUCUAUUUCCCCAUCGCUGAAUUACAGGCAAUGUCGGACAAACAUGCGGUUUCGUAAUGGAUUCAGGCUUUCUAACUAGGGCAGUUAGAUUCAAUCUGGCACAUGUCCGAGUGUUGGAAAUACUACAUAAUUGUUCUGAUUAUUUCUCUCUCUGACUCUAUGGUAUCAUUCAUGCUAAAAACAAUGCAGGGUCAAAGAUAAUUGACUUUGAAAUAAGCUCAAAUGCGUAGAAAUAAGUGUCGAUGUCCGACUGUCACGUGACUAAAACGUCAUCAAUAUCUUAUGCAAAUGACCUUGUGAGCUAUAAAUAGUAAAUUCGCGGAAUGCUAUUGCUCAAUAAUUAUCCGUCCAGUUGAUUUUCUUCAUUAUACUGUAAACACGGAAAUGUUUGCACACCUUUUAUUUCACUUUUGUGAUAAUUGCAAAAAAAGUUUGUUGAAGCUAUUAAAGGGUAACUCGUGUCAAAUUUCACCAUAUAAUGUUUUAGCUGUUUUUGACAAAUGACUACGUCACUUUCUCAUAAAUCGGUAAGGUUUUCGAAUCGAAAUGCACGUUUUCUAGAAAUUGAUGGUUUAAUCCCGCCCAGACGGCUCGCUUCGAUGCCGUUUUCGUUGAUGACGUCACAACAUGAACAUUUUCGCGGUCGCGGUGGUUUACAUUCAGCGAUUUUAUGAUAAAUCUAAUGAAAAAUGGAAAAUUUGAGCUUUACAUUUGUGAUCAGCAAUUAAAAACGGACGUAUUUCCGCAAAGUUGUAAAUCACAUCAUAGUAUCACUUUAAAGAUAAUCUACAACAUUUUUCAAAAAUCAUUUGUUAUGACUGUCACAGAGGUUUUUAAAAUGCAAACUUGGAAGUAAGCUCGGUUGCGUCAUGAGGUAAUCAGGGGUUAAUGUUUGCUGUUCCGGCCGUGUACACAAACCCCUGAGAUACUUGCCCUCAUUUGGUGAAUUAGUCGGCGCAGAAGUACGUGCGCCCAAUCGGAGCGUCGCUUACAUUCGCGUUGAGAAAUUUAAAAAACGUAGUAGCAACAAUAUCCAAAGGCACAACACCAGUGACACCUACAUCGGUAUGGGCGUCAAAUUAUUGAAGAAUAAAAACAAAAAGUUGACCCUGGGAUGGCUGGGAUGGCGUGGGUUAAUACCAAGGUAAUCAAGAAAAAUAUUGAUUUGAAUUAUAGAGUAGUAUUCAAUCUUUCAUAAAAUAUUGAUUUCAGUUCUAUGGUCCCCGGGUAUUUUCAGGAGGGCAGCACCAGUAAGGGCUUCAUUUCUAGAGACACGCAGCUUGGAAAGUGAGAAUCUGAGAACUGUUUUACAAAAAUAGGAUUUUCUCUAGAUUUUCGUGGUGAACCCUAUGCGCCAUUGCAGUGAGGGAUGUCCCAGACCUUGGAUAUUAACCCCUUGUGGCGGUUUGUUAAAAAACACGGUUUCCUAUUUUUGGCAGAUUUUUAAGUUUAAUGGAAAAUGCAUUGCAAAUAAUCACCGGUGUUGUCCCCAAAGAUGCAUUGAGAGAGUAUUGUCUGGCAAGGAAUGCAUUGCAACCUGAGACAAGACCAUAAUUGAUUUUUUAAGCCUUUUAGCAGUUAAAUUGUCAAUGUUUGACCGCGACGCAUCAAAGAAUGCGUCAAGUAGUGAAACUGAAAUUCGGAUAUGAUAUACGGGUUAGUCUUGCAAGUAACUGGUGCGAUUUAAAUUGGUGAUUGACCACGGAAAUUUUUUUUUUAGAUUGACAAGUUUGACACAAGUGGACAUUUUUACCCAUUUCGGCCAUUUUCACUCCAAAUUUGAACCACCCCCCUAUGGCCAGGUUGUCAAAAUUCAAAAUUAUUUUUUUUACCAAACAAUUUAUUUAUAUCUGUAGACUUGCCACAGCAAAUAUUUUUUCAAUACCUCUCCAAAUAUGUACUUGAGAGUAAAAAACAUGCACUCGUCUAAUAGAUAGGCCUGGACCCUCCAACCUAUGAAUAUUCAUUAGGCCUAGUGGUCUUGUCUCACCUUGAUUCUGAGAUUUUCCGAUUUAUAUUCAUACAAAUCAUAAGUUGUAGGCCUACUUCCACUAUCAAAUCCCCGUGUCUUUUGCGCUUACACCUAUGAAUUGCCGUGUCUAAAUAGACCCGUGUGUCAAAUCCCCGUGUCUAUUAGCCCCAUCGAGCUCGAUGGGGCUAAUCGGGGGCUAAUUUAGACCCGUGUUCAACACGGUUUUUUUGAUAGGUGGAAUCUGAAUAGACACGGCAAUUGCAAGUUCUAAGAUUUGGCGACAGAUGGCGCGGUGUAGUUGCCUCGGUAUUGCGCCCCCACCAACGGGAAAGAAACACAGGAGAGCUCCCUACCUACAGCGCACCUGUCACCGGGACUAUUAACCAUUAUCUAACACCACUGAUCACUGAUAGAUGUAAGUGCGCCGCGGGUUUUUUGACACACGGCGAAGACACGGGUCUUGAAAAAACACGGGGUUUUAUGAUAGGUGGAACUACGACUAUAGAAUUUCCGAUACUAGAACUGAGGUUGACAGUUAAAUCACACUGCUGACUUAAAGGUGACGUACGUCUGUUCUGUAACUACACCAAAAGAGGGCGAAUGUUUCAUCCAGGGCUUUGUGUGAAUGUCUCGGGGGAUGUGUGCAGGACUGGAGAAGCCAACAUCAACCUGAUUUCUACAUGAUGGGAUUACAAUGGGUCAAGGUUGACGGGUAAAUAUCUGUGCUGACUUUUAAAGGUGAUAUGCACCCGCACUUCACAAAAUGAAGACGAAUGUUUCAGGGGUUUGUGUACAGGGCCGGGGAAGCGAACAUUUAUGCCUGAUUUCCUCAGGAUGACUUGGUUGCACUUAUACACGAAACUGAAAUAAGAAAAAUGGCCGCAAAUAUUUCCAGUGAAACAGUAGUACCAUGAAGAUGAUUCCAUCCUGUGUGAUCAAUGAUAUUAACAGUGUGCCAAUGCAUGUUUUCUUGGCAUGUUUUCAAUUGAAGGUCGUUCGUUAAGAAUUUGAAAUUUAAAAUUGAAUUUGAAAAUUCUUAUUUUGUAAAUAUGUUGGGGAGAGUGGGGUAAUUGUAGCCCCGGUUUUAAUUAUAGCCCCUGCCUAUGAUAGUGAUUGAUAUCCCCAUGCAUCAAACAAUGCAGGGGUUAAAAAUAAACGGGGCUACAAAUACCCCAUUCUACCUUACUAAAUAUAAAUUUUAAUAUCGCAGUUGUCUGGACUGGUAUACAAAUACUAUGAAUACCAAGUUUCAGCUAAUUUGCAUGCAUAAACUCCACUACGACAUUGUGUAUAAUUGCAUUUCUUUUUUUCUGACCAACGAUUAAAGGCCUACGUUGUUCGUUAAAAAUUUUGAAUUUGUAAUUGAAUUUGAAUACUUUCAAUUGCGGGAAUAAAUAAUGAAUAUAACUUUCAGCAUUGCCUGUGUAAGGACAGGUAGACAAAUACUAUAAAUACAAAGUUUCAACAAAUUUGUAUUCACAAUAACUUCACUACGGCAUUGUGUAUUGGUGGAUUUCUAUUUAACUGGACCACCAGUAAAUACAAACGGCGUGUCCCUUUAAGGAACUAAACUGAAUCGGAGGGUCUACCCUUAGGAAGUAUCAAACCCCUGAUAGGAGGAUGGAGAUAAAUUGGAGGCAAAGUUUCGAGCUAUAGGUGAUACUGGGUCAUGGCAACCAGGCCUUUCAAUUACAUGGAGACCUCUACACCCUGUAUUUUUUUAGCCUAUUUUGGGGACAUGUUUUUUUUGCUUUUUAGCUUAAUUUGGGGACAUUUCGUCGUGCCAAUUUGCCUGAACAUCGACGUCCUUAUUGACUGACAUUGUCACAUGCACCUGAAAACUCAUAAUUUUAGGAUGAAAAGUAUCAAAUUAGGCCAUUUCGGAUGAGAUUUGGUCAUUUAAGGUGUCAAAAAACGCUUCAGGGGGUCAAAUUACCCCUUUAAAAAAACAAUUUUUUUUUUUUUUUUUUCUAUUUUGGGGACAUUUUUUCAGGGCCUAAUUUGGGGACAUGCCAAAUUUCCUACACCGUAUAGCGGUGUUAAAAUGAUGUAAUCGAAAGGCCUGGCAACCGAGGUGUUAUAGAAGGACAGUGUAUCCAUGGAUGAUAGAGUCACCUUAAUACUGACGACGACUAUGCUGUGCGUUUCAUCAAUUUUUGAUAUUUAGGACUGAAAAUGUCUGUGUGUUUUUUCACGCUAUGUUCUUCCCUGUGCUGAACCAAUAAAAUUGGAAAAUUUCA